AUGUUGCGUCUUGGAUUAGCAUGCCGCACUCAAAUGCGGUCAUUUUCUUCUUCCCGCUCGUUACCAGCUACCCACCGUGAUCUCCAGCAUAUGUGGAACAAGCAGAGCUCUGGGUGGAACAGAUCGCGCUGGGGCUGGCUCCGAAAGCCUCUGCUGUUUGCCGCCGGUGUUGUAGCGUUUGAUUACUUUGUGCUGCCGAAAAUUAUUGAUUCGAAGCCAUUAGCUCCUAUCCGGCGCCAUCCUGAGUUCCUAGUUUACGGAAUCAUUGGUCUUAACACUCUUGGAUUUGCUCUUUGGCGGUUGCCCCAGACUUCGAGAUUCAUGUACCGGUACGGUCUGUUGCAAAAGACUGCUCGCGACUUUAAUUCGUGGCAGAUGAUUGGAUCGGCGUUUUCACACCAGAACUUUUGGCAUUUGGCUAUCAACAUGUUUGUCUUGUAUCAGUUCGGCACUACAGUUUCCCGGUGGAUGGGUGCAUCGACUUUCCUAGAGUCUUACAUUGAUGGCUGUGUGCUUUCAUCGCUGGGAUCUAUGUUGCUACCGCUGCUCGCCAAACAGAUCUCGUACCUUCCCUCUCUUGGUGCGUCGGGCGCGGUGUUUGGUGCGUUUGGUACUUUCUGUUACCUUGCCCCGCACGCUCGUCUGGCUCUCUGGUUUAUUCCUCUGCCGAUUGGCGCCUGGUGGGUCUUUUUGGCCACUCUAGGCUAUAACGCCGCUGCUAUGCUUGGCCGCUUCGGCGGUGGUAUGGAUUAUGCUGGCCAUGUCGCUGGAUCGCUGGUGGGCAUCGCCUACGGUUAUAUUGUUUCUGAUCGCAUGCGUCGCGCCCGUGAGUAUCGCCUGAAGAGAAUGGGGUGGUAA